GUGACGUUGUCGUUUUGUGAUGUUGGCUUGAGCACCUUUUUUUAAUUCAUAUUUUUAGGUUUUUUUGUAUGUUUUUUCAAAUAUACUCUCAAAAUGAAAUAUUCCAGAUUGCGGAAAGUGUCAGCACCCAAAUCAUGCGAUAUACAAGAGCCAGAAAGAAAAACAUUAUAUGAUAGGAUCAAGGAUAAUUUCAAGCAGAUAAACAGGGCGACUUACUUGCACAGAGUUAUUUAUGUUGGAGACCAUUCUAUACCAGAAUCCCUCAUAUAGUAAUAUCAGACACACUGAGAGCAGAAGAGGAACACCCCUGCAGGGAACGGAUAGGAUUUUUAAUCAUCUACAAGAAAUAUUUUGUCCAUAUGAUAGAAGGCGAUGAAGAUAUUAUCAAUCACCAUAUCAAAGAGUUGUUCAUCCUACAAGAAAAAUAUCCCAAAAAUAUUACUAACAUCAGACUUCUCAUACAGGUAUCUCACGUACUAAAAAGGCUAUCUCCUGGUUGGUUCGCAUACGAAGGAACUCCGCCAAAGCAUUUGCAUUCAAUAAAAAUCGACACCUUAGAAGAUACAGCUCAUCAGUUUGUUUUCGCAAUAACUAUAAAGCUGUUUGUAGUUGUACAGAUGCGUGAAGAAAGUCUAUUCCUUAGUGCACAAGUACGCCAAGGAUGCACUUUAUCCAAACGCGGAUGCUGUUUCCGUCGGUUCCCGGGAACGGAAACGAGGUUCAGAUGGAAGCGGAAGCUCGAAAAAUUCAAGAAAUUCGAGAAAAUGCGAUACUUUUGGCAUUACGACCAGUUCGACGGUGACGAUAGGGUCAGGUUGGUUUUAGUAUGAGGGGAAGUUCGAGAUAAAUACGGAUCGUUUCUACCCGAACAAGAAAUUCUGCUGGAAUCAAAGUUAACGAUGACGCUAAAAAAAUAUCAUUCGCUAUAUGCAUUGGUGCCCCAAAGCGAUAUUUUCAAAGAUAAAGUUUGGCCGGUACCUGGGGAUUUCAUACCUUUCGCCGUGUUUAGCUCGCCCUAUGAUAUGGCGACGGAAAUGCCAGCGCCAGAAGCGGCCAGCGAAAAGCAAGAGGUGGGAUCAGAACCGAUCGAGGAAAGUUCCUCAGAGGAACACACUUAACAGGCGGAAACAACGCCGCAGCAACGAGAUAUUGUUUCAGAAAGUAAAGGUAAAUGAUGCGGAUAACUUGUAUAAAACAAAUUAGCAGAUAUGGAUGAAAUAAAAAGCGUAAUAAACUGGUACUCCUG